UUCUGCAUUUUCCUUCGCUUUCUAGUCGCUCCUCGAUCAAUUUUUUGUUGCGGAUUGUCGAUUACUUUUCUCUGUUUGCAUUUGCGGAAAUCUCGAUGGAUUUUGUAGGGUUUAUUUUGUGUUUCAGCUGAAUAGUUAUAGAAAUUUUGAAAUAGGGCAUUUCUAUGCGAUUAGGUUUAAGCUUGGUGAGGGAAUGUUGUUGAUUGACGUUCCUCCCAUUUCUAAGUAAGAAAAUUUGUCAUAUUGGAAAAUUAUUGUAGUUUGUUCGAAAUGUACCGCUAAUUUUGAGUUAUUUUCAUCUUGAAUUUAGAAACCUACUUGCAAGUAUUGAAGAUGUUAUAAAAUGAUAUAUUUCUCACAUAAUCUCUGGGGCGUUUGAUGAGUGGGAAUAAUUAGUGGGGAACAACUCGAGCACUGUGUUAGGAUUUCACUCUUAAAAACAAUAAUAAUCUGUUAGACCGCCAAUCAUUCACAAAUAUAAAAGGAGGGGCGGAAAGGUCAAUAGCCAGCAGAUGAAUGAUGGAAAAAUGAUCGGGGAAAAGAUUUUGACAGGUGGAGCCCAUGGGUAGAGGAGAGAUAUAAAUAGAAUGUUAUAGGAAUUGCUGCAGGGAGGCUUUUUUUUUAGUAAAAAGCUGCUGGAGCUUAGGGAAGAGGUUUCCAGCCCUCUUUAACGUGGUCGGUAUCUUCUUGUAUUUUUGCUUGGUUAUUUUCUUUUUGAAGUCAUCUUGUGACUUCUUAUUUUGGUUAAGUAAUAUAAAUAAUACAGAGUGCUGCAUCUGUCUUUAGCCUUUUGUUAGGAUUAUUGUGUUAUCUUAAGGUAGAAUCCUAACAAAUUGGUAUCAGAGCCUGAAAAUCUGGGGGUGGGGACGUGCUUGAUGGCUCACAAAAAGAUGGAAGAUAGACUAGAGGGAACAGAAAAGGAAGUUCAGGGUUUGAAAGAGAUGAUGCUUGAACUUAAGAAGGCUGUCGAAAGAAUGGCCGAAGACAUGAGAGAAAGCAACACCCAUAGGUGCAAGGAUGAAUCGUGCACAUCUGAUGGGUCAACAUUGAAACGGAAAGGAAAGAUGGAAGACUUGGAGACAAUGAUGGACAAUGGAAUAGUAACAGCAGACAGAAGCAAGUAUAAGAAACUUGAGAUGCCUAUGUUCGUGGGAGAAAACCCAGAAUCUUGGGUGUACUGUGUUGAACACUUUUUUGGCCAAGAUGAAGUAGAUUGGUAUAAAUGGAGUAACAACUGUACAAAAGUAGAAUCUUGGGGAGAUCUGAAAGAAAGAAUGUUUGAGCAUUUUCGUGAUACUGGAUAUAGAAGCUUAGGGGCUAGAUUGAUCCGUAUUAAGCAAGAUGGGUCUUAUAAUGAUUAUGUGAAGAAAUUUGUGAACUAUUGGACUCCUUUACCCGAUAUGGCUGAGAGUGUGCUCAUGGAUGCGACGGAUGCCUUUGUGACUGUAUUAGAACCAACCUUACAAGCAGAAGUACUCAGUAGAUAUCCUCAAAUGUUGGAAGCUUGUAUGAGAGAAGCUUAAUCGGUUAAUGAUAGAAACUUGGCUUUGAAAUUUGCACGAACAGAAUUGGGGAUUUCUGAGCCAGGAGGGGCAGAAUCCCAACCUAAUAAAAAUCCAGGGGGAAGUGAUAAAGGGAACCCAAGGAAGAGUGAGUUUAACAUGAAACAGAUCACCAUUCCCAUCAUGGGGAAUUACACUAAGGGAGAACCACUAGUGAAGAGACUUUCAGAUGUAGAAUUUAGGGCUCGGUUGGAUAAGGGGCUUUGCUUUAGGUGUAAUGAGAAAUACUCCCAUGGGCAUCGUUGCAAGGUGAAAGAGAAAAGGGAACUAAUGCUGUUAAUCUUUAAUGAACAAGAAGGGUUAGAAGAAGGAGUAGCAAUAGAAGUAGAAGAAGAAGUUGUCGAGCUACGCUAAGGGGAUCGGUGAAAGGAAGGGAAGUUGUGGUGUUAAUUGACAGUGGAGCCACCCACAAUUUCAUACACCAAGCCUUAGUGGAGGAACUCAAUUAAAUAAUUGUUGAAGGAACUGCCUUUGGGGUAACUAUUGGAGAUGGGACAGAUCGAAAGGGAAGAGGCUUGUGCAAGAGGGUGGAGUUAAAGCUACCCAAGCUAACUAUCAUUGCAGAUAUCUUAGCAGUGGAAUUCGGGAGAGUUGAUAUCAUUUUAGGAAUGCAGUGGCUCUGCACCACUGGUUUUAUGGACAUACAUUGGCCUUCAUUGACAGUGACCUCCAUGGCUCAGUGCUCUCUGGAUUAAUCAAGGCUGAAUGCUCUCUGAAAACCAUUACCAAGACAUGAGAGAAAGAAGAUCAGGGGUUCUUGCUUGAACUACAGAAUUUUGAAAUAGAGGAGGAACCAAAAUAUGACGAAGAGCUGGGAAAAAAGGGAGGAAGAGGAACUACCUAUGAUUCAAUUUCUCCUUAAACAAUAUGAAGACAUUUUUGCAUCUCCUACCGGGCUGCCACCAAAAAGAGAGGUUGGUCACUGUAUUCUUACACUACCAAGGUAGAAAACAAUUAAUGUGUGUCCUUCAGAAGGAGGAGAUCGAGAAGCUGGUAACUGAGAUGUUGCAAGUAGGGGUAAUCCGUCCAAGCCACAAUCCCUGCUCAAGCCCGAUUCUCCUAGUAAAGAAAAAAGACGGGGGAUAGCGGUUUUGUGUUGAUUGUAGAAAGCAUAACCAAGUUACAGUGGCUAAUAAAUUCCUAAUACUAGUCAUAGAGGAACUAUUAGAUGAACUUCACGGUGUAACUAUCUUCUCCAAACUGGAUUUAUGGUUGGGUUAUCAUCAAAUUCGAAUGAGAGAAGAAGAUGUGGAAAAGACAACAUUCCGGACACAAGAGGGACAUUAUGAAUUUUUGGUUAUGCCUUUUAGGCUAACCGAUGCCCCAACCACCUUCCAAUCAUUGAUGAACCAGGCCAUUGAAUUUCGAGUAAGGGAGUGGAGGUAGAUAAAGAGAAAUACAUGCGAUGAUGAAUUGGCUCCAACCCAAAGAUGUGACAAAGCUAAGAGGGUUUCUGGGAUUAACCGGCUAUUAUAGAAGAUAUGUAAGGGGAUAUGUGGAAAUUUCUGCACCAUUGACUAAACUCCUACAAAAGAAUGCUUUCAGGUGGAGUGAGGAAGCUAUAGAGGCCUUUGAAAGUCCGAAAAAGGCCAUGAUAUCCAUCACUGUCUAAGCCCUUCCUGAUUGGUCACUUCCUUUUGUCACUGAAAUAGAUGCUUAUUGGGGGUAGUACUGGGGU